GGGCCGACAAACCGGCACAGGAAGCGGUUAUGGGAGGUAAUGCGAUGCGCAUUCUACGCAUUCCUGGCUGAGGAACUGUUAAUGGCUCACACGGAAGUAUCACUUGACAGGUGUCGACACUGACGAGCCGGACCUGCAUAUGCUUCGUCGUGCUAUUGACUUUGAGUGUCGAAUGCGCUAGACUUCCUCGUCGGAGAUGCCCGAUAGCUCGGAAACGCCAAGUAAAUGGCUGACGCUCCAAGAGCGUUUUCCGAUGCGACAUCUGACCGCUGCCGAGCGGAUUGCGUAAGACAUCAAUUGCCCGAAAGCUUUUCUGUGCCGGCCAAUCCAAAGCUGCUGGCCUUUCGGCACGGCCAACCACGGCAGGGCGACAGAAUGGCGACCGUGACGCGACGCGCUGGUAGUGGCAGAAUGUACACGGUACACCUCGGCGGUCAGGAGCACCAAGGUGCUUUUGGUACGAUGCGAGAGUUUCGAGCUCGCAAGUAUGCCGUCUUCCACGGAGAUGCGAUGUCGGUGCAACGUUCCAGCAAUAAACGGGCUUUACUGUAGAGAGGCGUCAUGUUGCGGGGAGGCGGCCAGAAACGGCCGAGGAUCCCUUCCCGAGCGAGUACGUAUAGACCUCGAACACAAUCGAUUCGUUGUGAGUUGCGGCGUAACAACAGACUCAACAACGUCUCUAGACCGCCUGACCAGCCAUGUGGAGAUGGAGCUCGAACAAGCGCAACGGAGUAGUAAGCGCAGGCUGAAUCUCAGCUCUGCAUGAGCCCGUGACAAGCGUGUCAAUGCCACAUAAUGGUGCUUAGAAGAGUUUGUGACCGCAAGAAGGCUGACGGGGAGCCGUGAAUAGAAGUGAUCGCCAUUCGGAGGGCUAGUGCAAUCCAAAGGCUAAGUGAGCUAUAUGAGUGAACAU